UUUCUCUCUUUCUCUCUUUCAUUAUUUCUGUUCCUAUUGCCUGUUGCCUGGCAUUGUGUUUAGGCCCUUAUGCAAAAGUGUGUGCGAGGGGCCUUAUGCCAUUUCGUGUGUGAUGGUCCUUACGGAAACUGGGUGCCACAGGCCUAAUUUGUGGUACUGUGGCUCUUAACUUGAGAAAAAACAAAGGACUCUAGAGUCUAGAGAUUAUAGCCAGUACGUACCGGUUGCAAGCUACGCAAUUAUAAUCGAGCGGUGCUUGUUUCGAUUGAUACUUUAUUCUUCGAUAAAUUUUUAACUGAAAAUUGCAAGGAUGCUAGGCACAAAUACUUAUUCUCAAGAAUCUUCGUUGAUGGAUGAUGAAACGUACAAGGUUCUAGAGCAAGAAACUUUCGGAAGUAACUUGCCCAUUCUGGAAGAUCUAAACGAGCUAGAUAUCCCAGAACAGAAGCAUGAAGUACCCAUUGAGCAUUUAGUCUGUUCUUCUCUGGGAAAACGGUCAAUAAAAAGACAGUUAGAGGAAGAUAUUUACUAUUCAACCUGUAAUCUUGCAAAUUCUUACGAUUGUACACGUCCACUGAAUUUUCAGUUUACUUUUGGAGACGGUGGAGGUCAAGACUGGGUGUACAGUUCAACAUUGAAAAAAUUGUUUAUCAAAAUGGAAAAGACACUACCCUUGCGAUUUACGUGGGAACCAGCUGCAUCUGGGUUAUUCUUACGCACACAAUUAGUUUAUGCAUUUGAGCAACACAAAAACGACCCUGUGAGACGAUGUUACAAUCAUACUGCUGCAACAAAUUUUAUUAACCAAAUGCCAUUUAUGACGGCUGACAAACUUAAACACAUAGUUCAUUGUGUUAAUCAUGCCAGCAGUAUUUAUGUAAAUGAACAGGACCAUUUGUCUGUUUUGACACCGCUUGUUGCACCAGAGCCUGGCUCGCAGUAUGUGCCUAUGUGCUUCGAAUUUUUUUGCAAAAAUAGUUGCCAAUCUGGUAUAAAUCGUAGAGCAACAGAGCUAUUAUUUACUUUAGAAGAUGAAAGAAAGCAAGUUUUAGCUCGUCAAACAUUGGCAGUUAAAAUAUGUAGUUGUCCUAAACGAGACAAACGAAAAAGCGAAGCAGAAUUGGAAGAAUCAAUAUCUGUCACACGUGAGCUUGCUUUAACUAGCACAAGUUCAAAAAUGCCUUGUGAUAAGCAAGUUUAUAAAGUCGAACUAGAGAUCGUUGGCAAAGAGAAUUGUUUGGAAGUUUAUAAAUGUGCAUAUAAUGUAAUGGCUGGUCAAAUGGUGAAAACAGGACAGAAGGAAGUCUAUAAGCCAUAUAUGGAUAAAAUAUUGCAUAAAAUACCUUAAGAUCAUACAUUGUUUUAACGCAUAACCCCUGGAAAAUGAUUCCAAAUUUAAAAUCCUCUUUUAACAUUACUUUUUAUUCCAUAAAAAAAUCAUAGAUUAUAAGUUUUGGCAAAUUCAAUGAAUAAGUUUUAUGAUUAUUACAAGUUUUAACAGAGAUUAUUAAGAUUUUUUUAAAUUAGAAAUGUUACUUAUUAGUUUACUAUUUAAUUAGUGAUACUAGUUAGUUUUUAUUGAUUUUUUUAUAUGCAUGUGAUUUUUUAAAUAUAAUUCGAUGUUCCUGUAUUAUUUACUUGCAUGUUACUUUAUAUGUUAUGCGAUGUUAGAAUUAGAAAUGUAAUGCGACAAAAAUUUAGAGGAGUUAAGUUAAAUUUAAACUCAGGAUCCCUGAGACUGCAAGGCUAGCACUCUAGUGUUCUUAUUUCUAUUUUGAUCGCUGAAUCUGACUGAUUAAAAUACAAUUUUAAGUAUCUUUCCGCUUACAGAAAAUUCAAAAAUAUAUAAAUUAUAGAAUACUUCGAAAAUUAUUUUAAAAAUUAAUUGGAAACCAUACAAAUAUUUUUUCUCCUCUAAUUUUGAUGAAUGUUAGAUGUGUAGUGUAAAACAGAAUAAGAAAAACUGUUUUUAAUCAAUUACUCUUACAUCAAAAAUAUAAAACAUAUCCUUAAUAAUAAUAAUCUUUUGUGCAUGUUCCUAUAUAAAUAUUAAAUACUAAAUCUGCAAUCUGUAGAAUAAAUAUCUUUUAUUUUAAGCAAUAAUUUUCUUAAUUUUUUAAUCAAUUUUUCUUAUUUUGUUUUUCAAGAACUUAGUUUGGUAUGUUAUUUGCGAAUUUUAGGAUGUACAACAUAUUGUUAUAUGUUUGAAUUAAGAUUUUAAGUAAAUACUUUUAUACUAUAUUUCUAAGAUAAUUAACCCAUUUCCGCUGGAUUGUCCAUUGUUGGACACUUGCGUAUCUUGGCCACACUUCGUGAGAAAGAAAUCCCAUAAAUACAUUUCUGGUGGUAAAAAAGGUUGCUCUUUCCAUUUCUGACUUUAGUUUUAACGUAUAACCCCUGGAAAAAUUAAUAUGGCGGCUCCAAUGGGGAUGAAAGUGAAUCGACUUUUCUCGAUAUUGCGGAAAUGGGUUAACAUAGUAUGAUAUAUUAUCACUCGUUAAAUUGUCACAUGAAUAAAGACUUAUUACUUUUUUCAUAAAA